UUUCAACAGAUGGUCGAGGUUAGAGAGUGUCAUCACAUUGGAGAGAGGAUUAGAAGAGAGAGGUUGUCUUCCAGGAGCUGUGUGGUCCCCCCUUACUCUUCAACUCCAACAUCCCAGCGCACACAUACACACACAAACCCCUCCAUGAGCGGAGGGAGACCCGGUGCAGGAGCUGUGAGGAGAAAUCUCAGAGAGGAAUCCAAGCCUUGCCUCUCACUCAACCAGAGCUCUGCUCUCCUGCCUUUCAGUCGACCACGGUGGUGAGAGCUGCCCGGGUGUGAGUGAGCGGCCCGACUGGACCUCUUCUCCUUCCCCUCAUUUCUCCAGUAAUCCCUCCAUCUAACUGUUCUGUCGCCUGUCAUCUCGGGGCACCAUGCUGAUUCAGUGGCUGGCCUGCUUUGCCCUGCUCUCCCUGGAAUGGGCUCCAGGCAGCGGGGCCUUCACCACCACCAGGGCUCAGAGCCUGAGGGGUCGCAUCCAGAGAGACCGCAGAAACAUCCGGCCCAACAUCAUUCUCAUUAUGACUGACGACCAGGAUGUUGAGCUGGGUUCUCUACAGGUGAUGAAUAAAACGCGUAAAAUCAUGGAAGACGGAGGUACGUCUUUCACCAACGCCUUCGUCACCACUCCCAUGUGCUGCCCGUCUCGAUCCUCGAUGUUGACGGGCAAGUACGUCCACAACCACAACACCUACACCAACAACGAGAACUGCUCGUCCCCCUCCUGGCAACUGCAGCACGAGCCACGCUCGUUUGCCGUCUACCUCAACAACACCGGCUACAGAACAGGCUUCUUCGGCAAGUAUCUCAAUGAGUACAAUGGCAGCUACAUCCCGCCUGGGUGGCGUGAGUGGGUCGGAUUGAUCAAAAACUCCCGCUUCUAUAAUUACACCGUCUGUCGGAAUGGGUACAAGGAGAAACAUGGUGCCGAUUUUGCCAAGGACUAUUUCACAGAUUUGAUCACCAACGACAGCAUCAACUUUUUCCGCGUAUCGAAAAAGGUGUAUCCUCACCGUCCUGUGAUGAUGGUCAUCAGUCACGCUGCUCCUCAUGGCCCGGAAGAUUCUGCGCCUCACUAUGCCAAUCACUUCCCGAAUGCUUCUCAGCACAUUACCCCCAGCUACAACUAUGCCCCAAAUAUGGACAAACACUGGAUCAUGCAGUACACAGGCCCCAUGAGACCCAUCCACAUGGAGUUCACCAACUAUCUCCACCGGAAAAGGCUGCAGACGCUCAUGUCUGUGGAUGACUCGGUGCAAAAGGUGUAUGAGAUGCUGGAGGAAACUGGAGAGCUGGAGAACACUUACGUUAUUUACACAGCCGACCAUGGCUACCACAUUGGUCAGUUUGGGUUGGUUAAGGGCAAGUCGAUGCCUUACGACUUUGACAUCCGUGUGCCAUUUUUCCUGAGAGGACCCAACGUGGAGGCAGGGGCAGUAAACCCUCAUCUGGUGCUGAACAUCGACCUAGCUCCUACGAUCCUCCACAUCGCCGGGCUUGACACCCCUCCAGACAUGGACGGCAAGUCCAUACUUAAGCUGCUGGAGCAGGAUAGGACUGGCAAUAGAUUCAAACCCAACCGGAAACCCAAAGUCUGGAGAGACACAUUCCUGGUGGAAAGGGGAAAGAUCCUGAGGAAGAAGGAUGACUCUGUGAACGCUCCGCACACCAAUAGUCUGCCCAAGUACAAGAAGGUCAAAGAGACCUGCCAGCAGGCGGAAUUCCAGACGGCAUGUGAACAGCCCGGACAGAAAUGGCACUGCGUGGAGGAGAUCACAGGGAAGUGGAGGAUACAGAAGUGUAAAGGCGGCGUGAAAGACGGCUCCAGUAAGAGGAGUCUAAAGCCCCGCAGCAGUUAUGACAACCGGGAGAGAGGCUGCGACUGUGGCGAAGGUCUCUUCAAAUCGUCCAGGGCAGAGCGCCGCUCCCAUCGCCAGUUCUCUUCCUCAAACGGCCAGCGCUAUCGGCCACGUUUUGUCCACACCCGGCAGACAAGAUCUCUGUCUGUGGAGUUCGAGGGUCAGAUAUACGACAUUGACCUCCAGGCAGACGAUCAGUCGGCUGUGCGCCGCCGUGUCAUCUCAAAGCGUCAUUACAACCAAGAGGGACCAGAGUUUGACCUGGGGACAGACGACGGUUCAGAGGAAAUGUUGGCCGACGACACAAAUGCUGUGGGAUACCCGAACUCGGUGAAGGUCACCCACAAGUGCUAUAUUCUCAUGAAUGACAGUGUCCAUUGUGAAAGAGAACUGUACCAGUCCUCCAGGGCCUGGAAAGACCACAAGAGCUAUGUGGACCAGGAGAUCGAAGCACUUCAAGACAAAAUCAAAAACCUCAGAGAAGUUAGAGGCCACCUGAAGAGGACACGGCCCGGUGAAUGUGACUGUGGAAAGAAGAGCAGCUAUUAUAUCAAAGGAGACAGAAACAAGGCAGACAGACAGAAGGGAAGGAAUGAUCAGCUUCAUCCGUUUAAGGAGGCCACGCAGGAACUAGACGGGAAGACCCAGUUGUACAACGAGAUCCGCAGGCGGAAGAAGGAGAGGAAGGAGAAGAAGAGGCAGAGGAAGGGAGACGACUGCAGUCUGCCUGGACUCACAUGCUUCACACACAACAACGACCACUGGCAGACGCCUCCUUUCUGGUCACUGGGUGGAUUCUGUGCGUGCACCAGCUCCAACAACAACACCUACUGGUGCCUGAGAACCAUCAACGAGACCCACAACACGCUGUUCUGUGAGUUUUCCACUGGCUUCCUGGAGUACUUUGACCUCAACAAUGACCCCUAUCAGCUGACCAACGCGGUGUACUCGGUGGAUCGGGACGUUCUCAACGCGCUCCAUGCUCAGCUCAUGGAGAUGAGGAGUUGUCAGGGGCACAAGCAGUGUAGCCCUCGACCUAAAGGCGCAGAAACAGCACACUGCCCGUAUGGGACGGACGACAGGGUUAAGCUUCCCAACUUGACGGACGAGGAGGUGAACUGGCAGGGACUGGAGGAUCUGUACAGCAUCAACGAAAGCCUUUAUGAAUGUAGGCCUGACUACAGCACCAGCCCAGACAACUGGGCCAACUUUCAGAAGGAUGUAGAUAAUAUGUUUGCACUGCGACACGUUUUUAACAAAUUCAACCGAACCCAUAAGCUUGACGACUCCACCCUGCCAGAGCUGGGCUCCGGGGCCGGGGGUGGGGGCUUUGAAGAGGGCAGCGGAGGGGAGUCGGCGCCGGCCGGCAACAUCUGGCCGGGCCUGGCCGCAGAGGCUCACCUCACCACCCCCGCCCCCAGCAGAACACCAUCAGCACCACCCACAGCCAGGCCGCUACUGGAGAGCAAACUGGAAUCUGUCGCCAACGACCUUCCCGAGACAGUCAACGACAGACCUGAGGCGCUCGGGAAGGCUGCGUCACCCGUGGCAGCAGCACCAUCAUCAUCAUCAUCAUCAGCAGCAGCAGCAGCAGCAGCAUCCGGUCCGAGGAGAGAUGGGGUCAUCUUCCAGCGCGACAUGUGGGCGCAGCAGCUGGAGGAGAUGGAAGGAGAUGCGUUCAGUGGGAACGGACUGACGGAGCUGGAGACGCGGCGCGGCAGCCUGCUGGAGCCCGGGCUGGGUCACGUAGACGUGGCGCGCCCACUGGGUCUCGGCCUGGGCCUGGACCCUGAAGAAGAGGAGGACAUUUUUCAGGCGCAGGGCUACCUCCCUCUCUCCCCACAGACGCUGAAGCCCAAGGUGCAGGACAGCACCACCGGGAGCCCCCCCACCACACAGACUAGCACCCCGCAGAGUGUCGGGGUGGUACUGCGGGUGCUGCCCCUCACCUCGGACUACGAGGGCAGCGGCUCUCUGCCCCCGCCCUCCAGUCAGAUGCUCUGAGGCGGACGCGAGCACCGGGCCGGCCAAUCAGCCGCUGCUCGCCAUAGAGACGAGCUCGCCGAGAGCUACGGGUGGCGAGUGACGCCACCUCGUGUCAGUCAGAGUUGUGUAAUGAGUAUUAAAAUUGUUUUAUUUUUUUACAAGUGCCUACAAUUUGAGUCAACAGUGUUAUGUUUUGUUUUUUCAAAUACAUUUAUAUAUAUAUAUAUAUAUAUAUAUAUAUAUAUUUAGAAAAGAGAAAAAAAGAAGCCUUAAUGCAGCUAAACGUAAAGAAAACAUGAGAUUCCGUUCAGAGAGAACACGUCAAUUUUUUUUUAAUACGUUUUUUUGUUUUUAUAAAAAAAUAGGAAAAGUGUGAGUGGUUUUAACAGUUUUUGAGCAUCAGUCAUUAGUUUAGGUCCAGUUUUUAAAGACACUAUUAUUCAUAGACCUGCUCUGUAUUACAGGACAAUUAUUAGAAAACUGACCUCAAAUGCACUUUUGACUUUUCCACAUUGUAAUAAUAAUAGUUUUGUAAUCCUCCGCCCUCCACUGCUUGUGUUAAAUGAUUAAGAUUAAUUCAAAUGACUACUUUCAAAACUUGAGACGGGGAAAAUUUACUCCUGUUUUAUUAUAAACGACUAAAUCCCCCUGUAGUAGAUGUUUUUUAAACUUCUGUGUAUGUGGCAAUGAAAGGAUCACAACGUUUAGACAAUCAUUGGAUUAGAUGACUCCUCCAGACACUGUGAAAAACAGUACAACAAAAAAAGAACAUUAAAAAGCUUUUAUUUUUCUUAACUUGGCACAAUUAAGUUAUGAACUGCACCGGCUCUUACUUUGAAGGGUUGCACAUUUGGCACCGUGUACGGCAUAAUUGAAAUAAAAAAAAAAACACAAGCAAAUGCUUAACACAAUCACCAGGGGAUCAAAAAUAUUCACUGUGUACCUUUUUUCUUUCUAUGUCCUCAAAUGCCAUCUAGAGCUGUAUGAUGUAGUGCUUUGAUAAUCCUCACUUAAACGUACAUAAAUGUUUUUAUGUUUUCUGCAUCUCUAAGACACCACUCAAGGACAGGUUCUGCCAAAAAAACCUGACAUUGACUUUGAACGUGUAUGUAGAUGUUUUAGAACAACAGUUUUUUUAGGAAAGCCACAAAGCUGUUAAAAAAGAAUUAAAUCCCUUUUCCUCCUUC